AGUUGUGGUGUCAGGACAACAUUGCGGCAGUUGCUGCUAUUGCUCCCACUGCCAAAGCGAUACGCAAAUAAACAAGUUAUAUUUGGAAAAACUGAAGAACUCGAAUGCAAACGAAGUAAACAAGUGGCGAAAAGAAAAGCAAAUAUUAAAAUAAAUAAAAAGUGAAAAAUUAAUGUAAAAAAAGAACUUCGCAGUUAAGAAGCGAAAAAAGCGGGUGAAAAAUAAAUGCAAAUGUAAUGGCUAUUUAUUGUGCAGUAGUGAUAUGCAUCUCAAAGCUAGUGGAGCGCUCAGAUCAGCGAAUGUGCAACAUAGUAAUAUUCUCUAGUUGUCGCCGCAUACUUCCACAACACGCGAUACAAGGCGUACUCACUGCCGCGUCAAAGAAUCGCUUUCGAUUGUGGAGUAAAAGUAGUAGGUACGGUGACAGUUAUCACCGCCUUCGUUCUUGUCGUCGUGCGAAAAAUGCUAACAUCGGUUCUCGCAUAUAAAUUGGAAUGCAGGCAACACCAUGUGCGAUAAUUUCAAAUUGUCACUCGCACUCGCCAGUACAUACAAAAGACCUAACGCGUUCAACGCGGCGUAUGAGGCAAGCAAAAAAAAUAUUAAGAAUAAUAAAAAUAAACUACAGAAAAUUAAACUAAGAGAAAAUAAAAACUCAACAAAGUAACGUUAUUGUAAGGCGCAGAAAUCCAAUGCAAUAAACUAAAACAAAAUAUAAAAUUAUUAGUAUAGACGAAAAAAUAUUUAAAAGUAACUGCAACAAGCUUUAAACUGCAAAAACAGAGAAAAAGUGUAAAGAAAUAAGUGAGACAAUAAGUCACAUUUUUAAAUAGCACAGCACAGCAACACUCAGAACAAGUGUUAUUAGUGCCAAAAUAUAUGAGUAUAUGAUUUUUAUUUAAAAAAUAUAGCAAAAAUCGAUUCGGAAAGAUAAAAAUCAAAAAAAUAUACAAUACAUAAAUCGUAACUGCAAAUAGAACAACGAAAUGCUACCCAAAAUAUUUCACUUAAUUGCUAUUGCUGUACUGAGUUUAUUCGCUCUAAUGCCAACUACCCAAAGUGGACCGUUGCCAAAAGUGGAUGAGCAACAACUUUCUAAAAUACCACAGUGGCAUUGUUUGCGCUACUUUAAACAUGAUUUACUGAUGAUGCGCCGCUGCCGGCAUUUACAUGUGCCAACGGCUCCACGCUCCGGUAAUGUCAAAUGAGUUCCAAUGUACGGGAGACCCUGGCCUCCACCAACACAAAGGAAUGACGGCCUCGUUGCGGACUGGUUAGCUGAAUAACUUAAAUAAGGCAUAACUCAAAUUAUAUUUGGAGGGUACGAUUUGUAUGCCAUUGCGAUGGAGUCACGUGUGUAUCAUAAUGGCAAAAUAACAACAACACUAGCAAUCACAGUUGUAAAAACAUAUAUAUAAUACUUAUGGUAUAUUGAUCAAGGAUUUAUAUUGAAUGGGCACAAAUUUAUAUACUCAUAUGACACAAAAACUGGCACCCACUGACUGAUUUUCAACCAAAUAUACAUACAUACAUAUAUGGUAUAGUGUAAGCGUGAUUGAUUAAGUGACAAAUACACGGAAAUGCCGGCAAACAUUUGAUGUUAAUUUAAUUUUGCUUAAAUCUCAUUUUUAUAUUCAAAUACAUAUGUACAUAUCUUUAAACAGCACAUUCACAGAUGCAUAUAUGUGCUUACAUGUAUAUAUGGUACAUGGUAUAUACUCGCACAUUAGCAUGCAGAUAAGGAACCGAUUUUCUAGGCUGCAACUGAACUCAAACUCAAGCAAAACACUUGGAGAUUUCUUCCACUUGCAGUGGCAUUGAAUAAAAAAAAUAAACUUCCUUAUAUGCAUCGCUAUAUAAAAUACACUAAAUAUAUAGCAAAUAUUACAAUAAUAAAAAUAAAAUUCAAUAACUUCAAGAUAAUGCAUAUAUAUGAACCAAGUAGCUUAAGCCAAAUGUACUUCAUAUAAUAUUCUCCAACAACAUACACAUACAUAUAUAGAUUUGUUGUUUGUACUUUUUUAGACUUAAGAUUUUGUAUAUUUUAUAUUUCAAUAAAGUGGUGAAAUAUUA